UUAUAAUCCCCUAAGAAGCAGGGAUUUUCCACUUUUUUGUUUUCCCUUGGGAAGGAUCCGGUGCUUUCCAGGGUCCUGGAUGUUUGCAUCUUCUCCACUUCUAGCUCAGUGACAGGUCUGGGGCUAUAAUACUCUAUAUAAUACCCUAUAUACAAGCCCUGACCCUUGUGUUCUCUGCUUGAUCUUCUGUCCUGGGUGGUCUAGGACGAGAGAAGAGGCUGACCUCUAUGGGCCUUGGGAAAGCGCCCAGCACAGUGCCUGCCACAAAUGCCAGGGUCCUUCCCCGGCCCAGGAAUCCUGGUCUCCAAUGCUCACUAACAUUUGCCUGGUGCAGCCUCCCGCACUCCCCCACAUGGCACCCACAGGCAGGCGGGCACUGCUGAGCUUGCUGUGAGGCCUCUGGGACAGACCCACCUGCCCAGUCCUGUCUGGGGGUGGGGGUGGGGGUGCCGUGACGACAGAUGGGCGUGCCAGCUGCCAGAUUCCUGAGUCCCGCCCUGUGGGUGACGCCCGGCCAGAGAGUCUCCAGCGGUGAGGCUGUGGUUUAAAACCUGGGAGCCAGGAGAGGGGACCCCCACAUUCGAGGCGAGCUCUCAGAGAGGUGAUCUGGAGAAAGAAGCACGGCAGCACGGAGCAAGGUGAGGUCCUGGGUGGGGAUCACCCCAUUGGCUGAAGAUGAGGUCACUCCUUCUCCUGUAUUUUGUCCCAGAGCCAUGAGGGCUUGAGCUCCUGAUGUUCGGUGAAUUGCAGCUGGCUACUCACAAAGUGUGGCAGGGUCACCUUUACAGAUAAAGGAGCAGACAGAAUGCAGUCUUGCCCAGCAUCCUGUGUGCCCAGCAAGCCUGCUCCCGUGGGGCCUGCUAUCCACCCGUUGGGGACCUGCUCAUCGGGAGGACCCGGUUUCUCCGAGCUUCAUCCACCUGUGGCCUGACCAAGCCUGAGACCUACUGCACCCAGUAUGGCGAGUGGCAGAUGAAGUGCUGCAAAUGUGACUCCAGGUUGCCUCACAAUUACAACGGUCACCGAGUGGAGAAUGUGGUUUCGUCCUCGGGCCCCAUGAGCUGGUGGCAGUCACAGAAUGAUGUGAGCCCUGUCUCUCUGCAGCUGGACCUGGACAGGAAAUUCCAGCUUCAAGACAUCAUGAUGGAUAUUAAGGGACCCAUGCCUGCUGGCAUGCUGAUCGAGCGCUCCUCGGACUUCGGCAAGACCUGGCGGGUGUACCAGUACCUGGCUGCAGACUGCACCUCUGCCUUCCCCUGGGUCCGCCAGGGCCAGCCUCAAAGCUGGCAGGAUGCUCGGUGCCAGCCUCUGCCCCAGAAGCCUAACAGGCACCUGGAUGGGGCCAAGGUCCAACUUCAUCUUAUGGAUUUAGCCUCUGGGAUCCCAGCAACUCAAAGUCAAAAAAUUCAAGAGCUGGGGGAGGUCACGAACUUGAGAGUCAACUUCACCAGGCUGGCCCCUGUGCCCCAGAGGGGCUAUCACCCUCCCAGCGCCUACUAUGCUGUGUCCCAGCUGCGUCUGCAGGGGAGCUGCUUCUGUAAUGGGCACGCUGACCGCUGUGCACCCAGUUCCAGAGCCCCUGCUGGCCCCUCCACCACCGUGCAGGUCCAUGAGGUCUGUGUCUGCCAGCACAACACUGCCGGGCCCAACUGUGAGCGCUGUGCACCCUUCUACAACAAUCGGCCCUGGAGACCCGCAGAUGACCAGGACCCCCACGAAUGCCAGCGGUGUGACUGCAACGGACACUCAGAGACAUGUCACUUCGACCCGGCCGUGUUUGCCACCAGCCAAGGGGCACAUGGAGGUGUGUGUGACAACUGCCGGGACCACACCGAGGGCAAGAACUGUGAGCGGUGUCAGCUGCACUAUUUCCGGAACCGGCGUCCUGGUGCUCCCAUUCAGGAGACCUGCAUCCCCUGCGAGUGUGAUCCCGAUGGGGCAGUGCCAGGAGCUCCCUGUGACCCAGUGACUGGGCAGUGCGUGUGCAAGGAGCAUGUGCAGGGGGAACGCUGUGACCUGUGCAAGCCGGGAUUUACAGGACUCACCUACGCCAACCCGCAGGGCUGCCACCGCUGUGACUGCAGCCUCCUGGGUGCCCGGCGUGACAUGCCGUGUGAUGAGGAGAGUGGGCGCUGCCUGUGUCUGCCCCACGUGGUGGGCCCCAAAUGUGACCAGUGCGCUCCCUACCACUGGAAGCUGGCCAGCGGCCGGGGCUGCGAGCCGUGUGCCUGCGCCCCGCACAACUCCCUCAGCCCCCAGUGCAACCAGUUCACAGGGCAGUGCCCCUGUCGGGAAGGGUUUGGUGGCCUGACCUGCAGCGCUGCAGCCAUCCGCCAGUGUCCCGACAGGACCUAUGGAGAUGCAGCUGCAGGGUGCCGAGCCUGUGACUGCGACUUCCGAGGAACUGAGGGUCCAGGCUGCGACAAGGCCUCAGGCCGCUGCCUCUGCCGCCCCGGCUUGACGGGGCCGCGCUGCGACCAAUGCCAGCGGGGCUACUGCGACCGCUACCCGGUGUGCGUGGCUUGCCACCCCUGCUUCCAGACCUAUGAUGCAGGCCUCCGGGAGCAGGCCCUCCGCCUCAGCAGCCUCCGCAAUGCUACCGCCAGCCUGUGGCCUGGACCAGGCUUGGAGGACCGUGGCCUGGCCUCCCGGAUGCUGGAUGCGAAGAACAAGAUGGAGCAGAUCCAAGCCAUCCUCGGUGGUGCCUUGGUCACGGAGCAGGAGGUGGCCCAGGUGGCCAACGCCAUCUUCUCCAUCAGGCGGACUCUCCAGGGCCUGCAGCUGGAUCUACCCCUGGAGGAGGAGACCUUGUCCCUUCCGGGAGACCUGGAGAAUCUGGACAGAAGCUUCAAUCGCCUCCUCGUUAUGUAUCAGGGCAAGAGGGAGCAGUUUGAAAAAAUAAGCAGUGCUGUGCCUUCAGGAGCCUUCCAGAUUCUGACUGCGGCCCACCAGCGGUCAUCCCAGGCUGCUCAGCAGAUCGCAGACAGCUCCCACCGGCUGCUGCAGCUCAGGGACAGCCGGAGAGAGGCCGAGGGGCUGGAGCAGCAGGUGGGAGGAGGAGGAGGAGCUGGUGGCCCCCAGCUCGUGGCCCUGAGGCUGGAGAUGGCUUCCUUGCCUGAUCUGACACCCACCAUCAACAAGCUCUGUGGGGGCUCCAGGGAGAUGGCUUGCACCCCAGGAGCAUGCCCCGGUGAGCUGUGUCCCCGAGACAAUGGCACGGCCUGUGGCUCCCGCUGCAGAGGCGCCCUCCCCAGGGCAGGUGGGGCCUUCCGGACGGCGGGGCAGGUGGCCGAGCAGCUUCGGGGCUUCAAUGCCCAGCUCCAACAGACCAGGCAGAUGAUCAGGGCAGCGGAGGAAGCCACCUCGCGGGUGCAGUCAGAUGCUCAGCGCCUGGAGGCGCAGGUGAGCACCAGCCGCUCCCAGAUGGAGGAAGACGUCAGACGCACACGGCUCCUCAUCCAGCAGGUCCGGGACUUCCUCUCAGACCCUGACACCGACCCAGCCACCAUCCAGGAGGUCAGUGAGGCCGUGCUGGCCCUGUGGCUGCCCACAGACUCUGCCACAGUCCUGCAGAAGAUGAAUGAGAUCCAGGCCAUUGCAGCCAGGCUCCCCAAUGUGGACCUGGUGCUGUCCCAGACCAAGCAGGACAUUGCUCGGGCUCGCAGGCUCCAGGCUGAGGCUGAGCAGGCCAGGAGCCGGGCCCAGGCAGUGGAGGGCCAGGUGGAAGACGUGCUGGGGAGCCUGCGGCAGGGCACGCUGGCGCUGCAGGAGGCCCAGGACACCAUGCAAGGCACCCGCCGCUCCCUUCGGCUUAUCCAGGACAGGGUUGCUGAGGUUCAGCAGGUUCUGGGGCCGGCGGAAAAACUGAUGACCAGCAUGAUAGAGCAGCUGGGUGGCUUCCGAGCACGGAUGGAGGCGCUCGGCCGCCGGGCCCGGCGGCAGCGGGCGGAGGCAGCCCAGGCCCAGCAGCUGGCAGAGGAGGCCAGCCAGCAGGCACUGAGUGCCCAGGAGGGAUUUGAGAGAAUAAAGCAAAAAUAUGCUGCGUUGAAGGACCGGUUGGGUCGGAGCCCCAUGCUGGGAGAGCAGGGCAGCCGGAUCCUGAGCGUAAAGGCGGAGGCGGAGGAACUGUUUGGGGAAACCAUGGAGAUGAUGGACAGGAUGAGAGACAUGGAGUCGGAGCUGCUUCGGGGGAGCCAGGCCGUCAUGCUUCGCUCGGCGGACCUGACGGGGUUGGAGAAGCAUGUGGAACAGAUCCGCAACUACAUCAAUGGGCGUGUGCUCUACUACGCCACCUGCAAGUAAUGCGCUGGCGUCUAGCCUGUGGCUCUGCCCAUCUGCCCUCCUUGCUUCUGGGGACGAGACUGGCUUGGAGAACUUUCCAGCUCCAGGAAACUUUUAUGCAGCCUAAAGCACAGCCUGGACCACCUCUGGUGUGCAGUUGUUAGGAUUACUCUGGGCUGCAGCUGAGCCUGGGCUGAUGGGGCAACUACAGUUGAGGGACAGAGAUGGUGGAGGCCGGGCCAUGUCAUUGUGACCAGGAGCUUUCAAGUGGAGAGCGCUUGACUGGGCAAUGUCCUCGCCCUUCAUUCUCCAUUGAGGCUGAAUCCUGGACCAACAUGGAAACAUAACUAAAAGUGAUGUACAAGUGAAAAGCCCAAUAAAAAUCUUUGGAAAGGA